AUGGAUAAAGAAAAUAUAUCAGCCUUACCUAAAAAACUAUUACUCAAGAAAAUUCAAGAAGUUCAAGAAAUUCAAGAAGUAAGGGAAGAUAAUAGAAUUCCACUAAAAACCGUUAAUAGCUUAUCAGGUUUGCCAGCUGGAUCUAGCACGGAACACAGUAAAGCAGUAUCAAAUAAGACUAGAAGUACAUAUGAAAUUGACUCAAAAUACGUUACUUUUGGACAAAAAAACGAAGACUUGGAUUGGGACUAUAAAGUUAUUAAAGACGAAGGAAACAAAGACUGUAGUAUAAUUUCUAUAAGUGACGAGGAAGAAAGUUUCAUUGAGAGUGAAAAGAAAGAAUACAAUUAUUUUAAUGAAAAUAAACAGAAAAAUGGUGUCGGUGAAGCUAUUAGGGCGGCUACUCCAUUACAUAAAUCACCUCUUGAACCGAAUAGGGUGAGGAAUAUAAAAAAAAAUUUGAAAACAUCGCACAGUGGAGAGUUACAAGGUCUUUCACCGGUGGUACAUCCAGAGAAAAAAGGGGAAGAAAAAUGCAAACGACGUUUAACAUUCAACGAGCGUUUAAAUAAUAGAUUGCAGUUGCCGGAUAUUCGUAAUUUGGAUUACCUUGAGGAGUCAUACACGAAUUGCAUCGAGAGUGAUUAUGUCAAUGAUCUGUUCGCUCAUUUACUAAGUAUUGAAAGACCUGUAUCCGUGCCGAGAAUACCCAGCAUCACUCGUGCACGUCUCCUUAAUUGGUUAUUAAGAAUUAACGGAUCUGAUGGCAAUCCAGCGGUGAUCCAGACAGCAUCCUGGUAUCUAGACUCGGUCUUGAGCAUCUGUAGCGUUUGGCCGGAGCAGUUGCAGCAGGUUGCAGCCGCUUGCUUCUGGAUCGCUCAGAAAAUUCAUGGACCGGUGGCCUCCGCUUCUAUGCUUAUUAAAUUUGCAAACGGAGCCUUUAGUAAAACACAAUUAUUGAGGGCCGAAGAGGCGAUCUUAAUGAAAUUGAAAUUUCCAUCGCAACCAGUUGUACCUCAAGAUUAUAUAACUUACUUGUCCUGGUGGUUAGAUGACGCUCAUCCCGAUGAAAUUGAAAUAGCAGCGGUCUUUCUCUGCUUAUGCGGUUUAAUGGUAAAUAAAACACUCUGCAAUGAGUUACCGUCAGUAAUAGCAGCUGCUUGCUUACAAGACGCCUUACUGCUGCUGGGGAAAUGGGACUUGAUGCUGCGUCUUGAGACGUGUCCAGUAUUCAAAGCAGCAAAAAAUAAGACGACGGAUAUGUAUUCCAUUUGCUCAACAUUGCGUACAGCGGUGCGUAUCGUGUCGAAAUCUAACGAGUACAAGGCGCCAAUGGAAAUUUUUGGAACUGGCCCCCAUUUUAUAGCACAAAAGAUCGUAAAAUGCGCAUACGACCUCGAAGUUUCGGAAGUCCAGUGUACAAGGAAUUGA